CCAUUGUCAAAUUCCACCUGACUCACUGACAGCAGGUGUCAAGCCGACUGUAUACUUUUGCGUUUUUGUCCGAAGACUUUGUGUAGUAUUUUUGUGAAAUGUCCUUUAUCCAAAACGCCCUCAUCGGCAACCCCUUCUCGACGCCAGUGGGUAGUAAAAUUGAACAAGCCACCGAUGCGUCGCAGGCCUCAGAAAACUGGGCGUUGAACAUGGAAAUCUGCGACAUUAUCAACGAAACUGAAGAAGGGUCCAAAGACGCAAUUAGAGCGAUCAAAAAGAGGCUGAGCCAGAGCGCGGGCAAAGACUACACAGUGGUCAUGUACACGCUAACCAUUCUGGAAACUUGCGUGAAGAAUUGCGGCAAAAGAUUCCACCUGUUGACAUGCAGCAAAGACUUUGUGCAAGAACUGGUGAAGCUUUUAAGCCCGAAGAACGAUCCGCCCACAGUGGUGCAGGAAAAAGUGCUCAGUCUCAUCCAGUGUUGGGCGAGUGCCUUCCAGGCGGACCAGGACCUUUUAGGCGUCAAUGUCGUGUAUAAAGACCUGCUGGCCAAAGGCAUCGAGUUUCCGGCAACAGAUUUGGACAGCUUGGCCCCCAUUCACACCCCUCGAAAGAGCGUGAACUUGCCGGAAGUGGUGCCAGCUUCAGCGCCCUCACCUUCAGGUAGCCCCAUUCCUCCUUUGGACUCCCCAAAUCACACCGGAACUUUGACUAUGGAGCAGCGCGCGAAGCUCCAGUCUGAACUGGAUGUGGUCCAGAGCAACAUGAACGUCCUGGGCGAGAUGCUGAGCGAAGUGAAACCUGGAAGAGGAGAACGGGACGAGCUUGAUCUGUUGCAGGAACUGCGCGCCGUCUGCCAAAGCAUGCAACAGCGACUGAUGGAACUCAUCAGCCGCAUCACCAACGACAGUCUAACGGAGGAACUGUUGCGGAUAAACGACGACAUGAACAAUCUCUUUUUAAGGUACAGCAGAUGGGAGAAGAAUACUGUGCCCAGCGCCUCAGCAGUGAUCGCAAACGCCAUUCCGCCAACUGCCGUUGCCAAGCCGGCGCUAAAGAACGACGACAGUUUGAUUGAUUUGGACGAUGAUGACCUGGCCGAUACAGUCAACAAGCUAGGGCUGGGCGAUGCUUCGAAUUUCUCAAUAAACGCCAAAAAGGGCACCGACGAAUUUGAUAUGUUUGCUCAGUCGAGGAACGUCACCUACGAGAGCGCCAAGAGCAGUGGCAGUACCUACAAGGACAAUAUAAAUCCUGACCAAAUUCCGGGAGGAACCAGUUCGGCUACUCGGGCGCCCGAGACUGACGAAGACAGGGAGCUGAACGAAAUGGCCAACUGGCUAGGCAAGACGGGCGGCGGCGAAGAGUCGGUGACUUCAAGCGACUUUGAGCGGUUUCUAGCUGAAAGGGCGGCGGCAGCGGAAAACUUGCCCACCGUGUCCGCCACUACGGGCCCCAACAAUCCCAGCACGUUGAAGAAGGAGACCAAAAAAAAAGCCGAAGACUUGCUAGCGUAAGAAACGCCAAAAAUCUCUAUUUUAUAUUCAGCCUGACAUUGAGGCAUGGAAGCUUCAUAUUCGUCGCCUUUAAAGAGACCAACUAACAUCAACCAAAGAGUCUAGACAACACUGAGCCCAAUCAUUCCUCUUGUUAUAGUUUAUUUAUGGCAAAUUCUAACGGAAAACUGUAUAGAUGUUGGAGAUUAACUUACUUAAGUGUUGGAUAAUUUUAUUUUUAAGUUAAUAUUUUGGUUGAAAUAUUAACUGUGUAGUUAUUUAGGGGAUUAACUACGCUGUAUAUAUGCAUAUGAACUAAUCAAUGCUUGUUCGAUUGGUUGAUUUCGAUUCAACACCCAAAUACUGUAUUAUUUAUCUAUUUGUAGUUGUAUAUGUUAAUUAGUGUUGAUAUGGUGUUAAUCCGUGUUGGAAUUAAAUUGCAGAGGAGAA